AUGGCAUGCGGCGUCUGGCAUGCCCCCCGAGGAUCGUGCGUGCUCUCUGCGGACGCUUGUGUGAAGUUGGGCGGCGCAGCGCUUUGUCGGGCCCUGACUAUUUUCGUUGAAUUCUUUCCGGUCCGGCGCUUGGCAUCUGUGAUCGGUUUUUCGCGUAGGUCGGAACCGACGCCUCUUCGAGGCGGAAGACACAAAAGUACCGCAGUCGGCGGAAAUUGCGUUCCGCGGGGUGUCGGCCAGGUGGGGUUGCCCGCCGAGGACGCUGAAGAUUUCCGUUGUGUCAAACCGAAUCGAGGCGCCGACAGACAACGCAGCAUUCGUUUUUCCUCCGUUUUCAUCUGCGUGGAAGCGCGUGCUCCUUCCACGACGCUCCUGCCGCGGUCUUCGCGGUCCUUCUCUCGCCAGAUGUACCGCGAAAACUGCCCGGGCUUCGAGUACCGCCUGUCGCUUCCGUCUCCUCCCUGGGGUACGCUCUAG